CUUUUCUUUUGUUCUCGCAAAUAAAUAGUUAAUAUAACAACCAUAAAACGUUUUUAUCCUUUAUAUUACAGUUUAAAUCACUUGUUCAUUUGUGUACAGCUUCACAGAGCACCAACUUCUCAUCAUCAACGUUUAUUUAACAUUUGCAUUCUAUUUACUAUAUUUUUUAAGACUGUAUUUUGUUCUUAUUUUCCCAAAAAAUCCGUUUGCUCUUUAUACUGGUACUGUAGCCAACUGAAACAUUAGCCGCUACUUUGAACAUGACCCUGAUAACCAAAUGCCCACUAGGCCAAAUGCUACGUUGUAAAACCACCAAAUGAUGAUGACUAAGACAUUUCUAAAAGCAGACUUUAGAGAUAAGAUGGUUGUCUCCUUCCUCCUAUUCAGGUCCACGUUAUCUAUGCACAGUAAUGCUACUUUUAUAGUUAAUGUUAUUGUCAAGUAAGGCUCAGAAAAGUUAGCUUCCAGAAUCCUUUUAUAUGUCACGCAUCGCAUGCGUAAUUUAAAAAACAGUGAAAAUUAGAAAAUCUUAAAACACACAGAUUAUUCCAGGGUAGACUGGGUGCCGAAAAGCACAGAACAUCUGGGAAAUUGAUAUUGAUAUUUUGGUUAAAGCUUCGAUUAAAAUCCCUCUUCUCUCAUUUAAAAGUCAACAUCAAAUUGUAGUUUCCUCUUCCCCUGACUUCGCUGCAUGUUCAGGAAUUCAUUUUUAAGCCGACAUGGCGAUAAACCACCAAUGUCACAUAGCAGUCAUGUCUCACACACACACUCUCUUUCCUACACAUACACACACGCAAACACACACCCACACACACAUACACACAUACACACACAGCCUGAAAAUCUGUCAAUUUCUGCUGCGUGGUCACGUGACCUCCUCCUCCGUGGAGUGGAUGGAGAUGGCUCUCCACGUCAGCUUACGUCUCCAAAUUUCUGCUUAGCGAACCUGCUUCAAAGAGGCAGGAGGCACGGCGCUUCAGAGCCAUGUUCAGGGCGGUUAUAGAGGAAUCAAACCCCAACUUAGAGUUAUAGUAGAGGGUGAACUACGAUGAUGGAUUUUGACGAAAGGGUCCCCGUCGGCUCGAACAUGUAUUUGCCCAGUUGCACUUAUUACGUCUCGGCGGGGGCUGAUUUCUCCGGUCUUCCCUCGUUUUUAUCCCAGACCCCGUCCACCCGCCCCAUGACAUAUUCCUACUCCUCUAACCUGCCGCAGGUCCAACCCGUCAGAGAGGUGACGUUCAGGGACUAUGCAGCCAUUGACGCGUCCGGUAAAUGGCCGCACCGGGGUAACUUACCCCAGUGCUACCCCAGCGCGGAGGACAUGGUGCACCGGGACUGUCUGUCGGCGCAAACUGCAGUCGUAGGAGACAUGUUCGGUAAAAACAGCCCCGCAGCCGCUGCCGCUGCGUACCACCACCAUCACCACCACCAUGCGAGCGCCGGCACCGCUGCCACCAAUUUCUACGGGAACGUGGGCAGAAAUGGCGUGCUGCCACAAGCCUUCGAUCAGUUUUACGAGACGGCGUACGGGAACGCGACGGAGAGUUCUUCCACGAAUAGCUACUCAGGGGACAAAACCCCGACCAAGCAGCCCAGCUCUGCGCCGGAGGACGCACCGCCUUGCAGGGAUACCGAGGCGAAGGAGCCGCGGGAGGAGACGAGCAGCCCGGAGUUAUCUUCCGGCAACAAUGAGGAGAAAUCCAGCAGCAGCAAUGGACAGAGGACCCGCAAGAAAAGGUGCCCAUAUUCCAAAUAUCAGAUCAGAGAACUUGAAAGAGAAUUCUUUUUCAGUGUGUACAUAAACAAGGAGAAACGCAUGCAACUGUCUCGGAUGCUCAACCUCACCGACCGACAAGUGAAGAUUUGGUUUCAGAACCGUCGCAUGAAGGAGAAGAAACUGAACAGAGAUAGAUUACAAUAUUAUACGUCUAACCCUCUUCUUUAGGGGUGAAAACAACACCGUCACAGCUUUCAAGGUCCUCUUCUGCCGUGGGACUGACUGCGUUUACAGACAGACUGACUCUCUCCGGCUGUGACUCUCCCAGAGUACAUUGUGUACCACAAUGGCCGCGACAGCAGCAACCACAUUGCUCAAUGGUUAAUUUCAAGUUCGAGGACAACAGUAUCCUGUGAUCUGAAAUACCUAAAGAGUGAGCAUGAAUUAAGACAGUGCGUGGACUUGAUUUCGCUCUCCAGACUCUGUUUUGGGAAAAUGUAGAAACGGAUUUUUGUCCUCGCCAAGACUCUGUGCUCGCGAAGGCCCAUGUUAAUAUUAUUGUGACUCACAAGACGCCUUGUUUAUUUUCCUUUUUAGGUGGGCAAAAAAAAAA